UAGUGGUCAGUUCAUUCUGAACCGCCUAAUUGAACGGACGUGAUUGCGCAAACGAAGUACUUAGUUCGACCACAACAUUUAACCGUUAAAUGUUGCUUGCGGCGAAUGUGUGUUUGAAUAAAACUGGAAAUACAAAAACAACUCACUAAGUGCAUUUAAUAAAUAAAUAAAUAAAAUAUUUAUUAGAAGAAAUACUGUGUGCCUGUGCAUUAGCAUUAGUAGAUAAAAAUCUGCCGUUGAGUUGAGAAACUUCACACCUUGCUACCCUUCUUCCCUAUUGUUGCACUUCCGGUGGUAAAUGAAUUUCAAAAUGCGUACUUGCGGCAUGAGUUUGGUCAAGUACAUACUGUUCGCCUUCAAUAUCAUUUUUGCGAUAUCAGGGCUCGGUAUUUUAAUAGCCGGUGCGGUUGUCCUUGCCGAUGUCAACCAAUUCAGUCACUUUGUCGAGGGUAGAGUGACGGCGCCACCCAUUGUGCUGAUUGUGACCGGUUUAAUCAUAUUCCUCAUUGCAUCGUUGGGUUGUUUUGGCGCCAUCAAGGAGUCACCAACACUACUGCUCACCUAUGCCGUGCUGCUCGCCAUCAUCUUUAUUGUUGAGUUAGCCGUGGGCAUUGCCGCAGCUGUUUUCAAGGCGGACCUGGAAAUGAUGCUUAAGAACUCACUGCAAGAGUCUAUAAAACGUUCAAAUCAUGAGGAUAUGAUGGCUUGGGAUAAUGUGCAGCGGAAGUUGAUGUGUUGCGGUGUCGACAACCCAGCCGAUUGGCGUACACUUAGCCUCAAUAAAACUCUGCCGGCCAGCUGCUGUCGUGAAAAAUACAUAGAUGAAGCCGUUGGACACUGUACUGAGUCGUUGGCGUUGGGCGUUGAUAAGUAUUUUCAGGAGGGUUGCGUGGGCAAACUUAGAGAGCGAAUCGAUAAGAACGCGGUCAUUUUAAUUGGUGUGGGUAUUGGUAUUGCCUUCAUACAAAUACUGGGCAUUAUACUGGCAUGCUAUCUGGCUUCCACAAUACGUCACGAACGCAUGAAGUAAAUAUGAGGCAAACGAGGUACUUAUUACAAAAUUGAAGAAUGUACCAAAAACACGAAUAUCACCAACAAGGCAACUAAUCAUAAGCAAUACUCAUCUCUACAGCAAUAACAAAAAGGACAAAUCAUCAAUUCCAAAUCAUAUCUAUAUAUGUAUAAACUUAUAUAGAUAUUUGCAAACAGCGGAGUAGCGAUGACAUUAAAGAUUACGGAUCAUCUUUGCGCAGCCAUUGUUAGGCUGCACUUAUUUCAGUUUUUGUUUACACUUUCAGAUAUUCAGAAAUCACCGUCCACAAUUAUUCUAAAUACUAUUUAAUAUACAAAAUAUGAUAAAGAAAUGCUUAUAAAUGUAUUGUUGCUUUUUAUAUGUUAAAUAAAUAAAAAAAUUUCUUAAAUAAAUAACCACAA